AUGGCUGGUCACCCCUGUCCCCAGCAGCUCCUCGUGGCUACAGGGCCCUGCAGCAAGAGGCCACCGCAGGGCUGUCCUGGCCCAGGUCCCGCCAUGGACUCUGAGUACGAGAUGGGCCACGUCUGCAGGCUGCAGGCCCAGCACAGGCGGAUGCAGGAGAAGACCUUCACCAACUGGAUCAACAAUGUCUUCCAGCACGGCAGGGUGGGCAUCAAGAUCCAGAGCCUGUACACGGAGCUGGGCGACGGCACCCACCUGCUGCGGCUGCUGGAGCUCAUCUCGGGGGAGGCCCUGCCACCCCCGAACCGGGGCCGCCUGCGCGUGCACUUUCUGGAGAACAACAGCCGAGCGCUGGCCUUUCUCAGGGCCAAGGUGCCAAUACCCCUGAUUGGGCCAGAGAACAUUGUGGACGGAGACCAGACGCUCAUCCUGGGACUCAUCUGGGUCAUCAUCCUACGUUUCCAGAUUUCCCACAUCUCCCUGGACAGGGAGGAGUUUGGGGCCACCGCAGCCCUGCUGUCCGCCCAGGAAGCUCUGCUGAUCUGGUGCCAGCGGAAGACGGCCAGCUACACCAACGUGAGCAUCACCGACUUCUCCCACAGCUGGAGAGACGGGCUCGGUUUCAACGCCCUCAUCCAUGCCCACAGGCCAGACCUGAUUGACUACAGCUCCCUGCACCCGGAGCACCCCCUGCACAACCUCGACUCCGCUUUCCACGUGGCCGAGCAGGAGCUGGGCAUUGCCCGGCUGCUGGACCCCGAGGAUGUCGCAGCCCGACAGCCUGACGAGCACUCCAUUAUGACCUACGUCUCCCUCUACUACCACCACUUCUCCCGCCUGCACCAGGGCCAGACUGUUCAGAGGAGACUCACUAAGAUCCUGCUUCAGCUCCAGGAGACAGAGGAGCUACAGACCCAGUAUGAGCAGCUGGCGGCCGACCUGCUACGCUGGAUUGCAGAGAAGCAGGUUCAGCUGGAGGCACGGGAUUUCCCAGACUCACUGCCCGCCAUGAGCCAGCUACUGGUGGCCUUUGCCUCCUUCCGCACCCAGGAAAAGCCGCCACGGCUGCAGCAGCGAGGGGCCACGGAGGCCCUGCUCUUCCGGCUGCAGACAGCGCUCCGAGCCCAGAACCGCAGGCCCUUCCUGCCUGGCGAGGGCCUGGGCCCUGCAGCGCUGCCCCAGAGCUGGUCAGGGCUGGAGCGGGCAGAGGCUGCACGGAGCCAGGCCCUGCAGCAGCGGCUACUGCAGCUGGAGCGGCUGGAAACCCUGGCCCGGCGCUUCCAGCGAAAGGUGGUCCUCCGGGAGAGCUUCCUGGUAGACACGGAAUGCGUGCUCAGCCAGGUGGGGGCCCUGCUGGCCAGCCCAGCCAUGGUGGAGGCAGCCGCCCAGAGGCUGGGCAUGCUGGAGGCCGGCAUCCUGCCCCAGGAGGGGCGCUUCCAGGCCCUGGCCGAGAUGGGGGACAUCCUCCGGCAGGAGAGGUACCACGGCUGGGCAGACAUGGCCCACAGGCAGAUGGAGGUCACCCGACGCUGGGAGAGGCUCCUUCAGCAUCUCCAAGGGCAGAGGAAGCAGACAGCGAGCACCCAGGCAGUGCAGCGCCUGCUGCAGGAGGUCGAGGCUGCCUCCGACCAGCUCCGGGAGCUGCAGGUGCCGGCCAGCUUCACAGCCUGUGGGCAGCAGCUGGCAGAGGUGGUGGAGCUGCUGCAGAGGCACGAGCUGUUGGAGGUGCAGGUUUCUGCCCACGCAGCCCACGUGAGCCAUCUUGCCCACCAGACCUCCCAGCUGUAUUCCUCCUCCGGCGCCAACAUGGAGGUGCUGCAGGCCAAAGCCCAGGGGCUGGCCCAGCUCCACCAGGGCCUGGAGUCUCUCGUCAGCGCCCGGCGCGCUCUGCUGGAGCAGGCCCUGCAGCAGGCAAAGUUCCUGCACGACUGUGAGGAGGAGGAAACCUGGCUGAGGGAGCGCAGACAGCUGGUGGAGAAUGUGGCCCUGGGUCGGGAUCUCAGCCAGCUCUCCACCGCCCUGCAGAAGCACAAGGCCCUGGAAGCCGAGGUCCUCCGCCACCAGGACGUGUGCGCGGAUCUCGUGCAGAGGGGGCGUGACCUCGGCGCCCGGGGCCCUCCAACGCAAGCGGAUCCCCGGGAGCGGGCUGAGGCCGUGCAGGGCGCGUGGCAGCUGCUCCGGACCCGGGCGGCGGGGCUGGGCGCGCGACUUCAAGCGGCCCUGCUCGUCCAGCAGUACUUCGCGGACGCGGCGGACGCGGCCUCGUGGCUGCGCGAGCGGCGGUCGCUGCUGGACAGCGCUUCCUGCGGGCCAGACCAGGAAGGCGCCGAGGCCCUGAUGCUGCGCCACCUGCGGCUGGAGCGCGCCGUGCGCGUUUUCGCCGCGGAGCUGCGGCGGCUGGACCAACAGGCGCGGGCGGCCGCGGCGCGGGCGUCGCUCACGGCAGCGUCUUCCCUGCGCCCUCCAGGGGAAGGCCUGAAGAACCAGGGGGGCUGGAGCACAUUUGACCCUGACUUUGACCCCAACACCAUACUCCAGACACAGGACCGCCUGCGGCAGGACUAUGAGGACCUCCGAGCCCUGGCGGAGCACCGCCGGGCCCUGCUGGAGGAGGCGGUGGCCCUGUCUGGCUUCUACAGCUCCUGUGGAGAUCUUCUGUCCUGGCUGGAGGACCAGACAGCGCUGUUCCAAACGCUGCAGCCCCAGGCCGACAACCUGGUGGCCGUGCAGCUCAAAUAUGAGAACUUGCUCGCCACCCUGGCUGCGGGAAAGAGCCGCUGGGCUGAGGUCAGCAGCUCUGCUGAGCACCUGAAGCAAAGAUAUCCUCGGGACUCGGCACAGGUCCAACUGCAGCAGGAGGGACUGAGCCGGAGGUGGAGACAGCUGGAGGCCCUGAGGAAGCAGAAGGAGACGGAGCUCGCAGGCACCGCGGAUGUGUGUGGUUUUCUGCAGGAGUGUGGCUCCACUCAGGCCCAGCUGCAGGAUGUGAUACUCCGGCUGGAAGCUCUGGAGCCAGGGAGCUCAGAGGGCAGCCCCCGCGUCCUACAGCUGGCCCGGCAGGAGAUGCUAGUGCUGGAGAGGAGGGUCCACCACCUCCACAGCAUGGCCGUGAAGGUGGAGGAGUUGGCCCCCGCAGAGAGCCAGCCCCUGCGAGAACAGGUGGAGACACUGCAGGUGGUGCUGAAGCGAGCUCAGGGGCAGGCGGCCCAUCAGGCCCAGGCUCAGGCCCGGCGCGGCAUCCUGCAGGAGAGCCAGCAGCUGCUGCUGUGGGCGGAGGGUGUCCGGGCUCAGCUGCACAGCAAGGAGGAGGUGGUGGACAUGGCCUCGGCCCGGCGGCUGCUGACGGAGCACCAAGACCUGCUGGAGCAGAUCUGCCUGUGGCAGGAGAGGCUGCAGCAGCUGGAGGCUCAGGGCCAGCACGUGGCGGCUUUGAACUCCCCGGGCUCCCGAGAGGUGACUAGCGCUCUGGGGCUCCUGGGCCAGCAAGGCAGGGAGCUGAGGGCUGCCUGGGGGCAGCGACAGCAGCAGCUGCAGGAGGCGCUGGAGCUGCAGAGGUUUGGCCGGGAAGCAGAUGGCUUCGUUACCGCCUGUGCCAACCGAGAGGCCUUCCUGCAUCUGGACCACCUCGGGGAGGACGUGGGGGAGGCCCAGAGCCUGCUGCAGCGACAUCAAGAGUUUGAGAGGCUCCUGGACAGCCUGGGCCCUCGGGCAGAGGCUCUGCAGGCACAUGGCGAGCAGCUGGUCCAGAGCCAGCUCCCUGCGGCACACACGGUCAGAGAGCGGCUGCAGAGUGUCCAGGCACAGUGGACGAGGGCCCGGGAGAGGAGUGAGCAGAGGAGGAGGCAGCUGCUGGCUUCCCUCCAGCUCCAGGAAUGGAGGCAGGAUGUGGCAGAGCUGACACUGUGGAUAAAGGAGAAGGAGCUGAUUGCAGCAGAUGAGCCCUCCCGAGAGCCCAGGAACAUCCUGCGGAAACUCAGGUGGCAUGAAGCAGCUGAGAGAGAGCUGCUGGCCACCCACAGGCGUGUGGAGGACCUGCAGCAGAUUGGGAGAGAGCUGUUGAGCAGUGGGCUUCAUGCCCAGGAUGCCCAGGAGGACGUGCAGGCCACGCUUCGGGGCCUGAGUCGCCAAUGGAAGGAGUUGAACCACAAGAUGGCGGAGCAUGGGGACCAGCUCCGGCAGGCCAGACAGCGGGAGGAGCUCCUGGAGCUGCUGCUGGAGGCAGGAGAGAAGCUGGAGCAGCUAGAGGAGGCCCUGCAGAGUGCAGGAACGGGGCAGGACCUGCGCUCCAGCCGAGAGCUACAGAAACAGCACCGCCAACUGGAAGGCGAGAGCCAGGCUCUGGCCAGCAAGAUGGCCGCCCUCACCUCCCAGGCCCACCGUGUGCUCAAUUCCCAGAGCUUCCUGGAGGAGACCCAGAAGUACCUCAAGAGGCUCGAGUCCCUGCAGGGGCACCUGGCCGCUCAGCACCUGCAGCUACAGGCCUCGGUUGAGCUGCACGAGUUCUGCCACCUGAGCAACCUGGAGCUCACCUGGGUGGCUGAGCACAUGCCCAGUGCCAGCUCCACCAGCUGUGCCAAGUGCUUGGGUGGUGCCCAUCGCCUUCGCCACAAGCACAAGGCGCUCCAGGCUGCAGUGAAAAGCCACUGGGGACAGGUGCAGCGGGUGCUGGGCUCUGGACAGAGCCUCGCCGCCUCAGGACACCCCCACGCCCAGCACAUCAGGGAGCAAUGCCGGAAGCUGGAAGGGUGCUGGGCAGAGCUGCAGCAGGCGUGUGCAAUACGGGCCCAGCGCCUGCAGCAGGCUGUUGCUUCCCAGCAGUAUUAUCUGGAUAUGUCGGAGCUGGAGGGCUGGGUGGAGGAGAAGCGGCCACUGGUGGGCAGUCAGGACUGCGGUGGAGACGAGGCUGCCACCUUCAGUCUCAUCAAGAAGCACCAGGCCCUACAGCAGGAACUGGCUCUUUACUGGAGCUUCAUGGAGGAGCUUGACCAGAGGGCCCAAACCCUCACUGGGCCUGACAACCCUGAGCAGCUGGCAAUGAUGCAGGAGAAGCUCUGGAAGCAGCUGCAGGAACUGCAGGAGUUGGCAGCCACACGGGAGCAGGAGCUGGAGAGGACCCUGAAGCUGCACGAGUUCACGAGGGAAGCCGAGGACUUGCAGAGCUGGCUCGCUAGCCAGAAUCAGGUGGCCAGAGGAGAAGAGAGCCCCAGAGAGGACUACGAACAUGUCCUACACCUCAGGACCAAGUUUGCCAAGUUCCAGCACCAAGUGGAGAUGGGUGGUCAACAGGUGGCAACCUGUCAGCAGCUGGCGGAGAGCCUGCUGGAGGCCGGGCCCAGUGCUGCACCCAGCGUCCAUGAGAGGUGGCAGGACCUACAGGCUGCCUGGUCGGAGCUGUGGGAGCUGACUCAGGCCCGAGACCUCCUGCUCAGAGGUGCUGAGAUCACCCUAGAAGUUCACAGAGAUCUGUCAGGAGUGCUCGCCCAGAUCCAGGAGAAAGCCACGAGCCUCCCAGGUGGUGUGUCCCAAGACCUGCGUGGGGCAGAGGCCCAGCUGAGGAGACACGAGGGGCUGGAGCGUGAACUCACGGGCACCGAGCGGCAGCUGCAGGAGCUGAUGGAGGCUGCAGGCAGGGUGCAGAAGAUGCACCCUGGGCCUCAGGCCGAUGCCGUGCGGUGGAGGCAACAGGCCGUGGUGCAGGCCUGGGCGGCCCUGCAGGGGCACGUGAAGCAGCACAGGGCCCAGCUGGAGCAGGCAUGCCUCCUGGCCCGCUUCCACACAGCGGUGCGGGACUAUGCCUCUUGGGCAGCCGGUGUGCAGCGGGAAUUGCAGGUAGAAGAGAGGUCCCAGGACCCCAGGAGUGGCCCCCUAAAGCUUAGCGCCCACCAACAGCUUCGGGCAGAGCUGGAGGCCCAGGAAGAGCUGCAUCAGCGGGCCACCCAGCUGGGCCAGCAGGCACUUCUGACUGCAGGGCUGUCCACCAAGGAGGUCCGGGAAAGGCUGCAAGCCUUGCAGGAGGCGCGGGAGCAGGUGUUCCAGGCCUGGGAGCGGAAGCAGGAGAGGCUGCGGGCCAUGCACCUUGAGCAGCUCUUCCUCAGAGAGUGUGGUCACCUGGACAAGAUCCUCCAGGCCCAAGAGGUCUCCCUGAAAACCAGCACCCUGGGAAGCUCAGUAGAAGAGGUAGAGCAGUUGAUCCGCAAGCAUGAGGCCUUCCAGAAGGUGCUGACUGCCCAGGACAGGAAGGAGACAGCUGUGCGCGAGCAGGCAAAGGCGCUGCAGGGCCCCAGGGUGCAGGGCUUACUGGACGAGGUGCUGGAGCGGCGCACUCAUGUGAAGGACCUGGCAGAGAGCCGGCGACGCGCCCUGCACACCUCGCUGCUGACAGCCAGCUUUGCUAGGGCCGCAACCCAGGCUGAGGACUGGAUCCAGGAGAGGGCCCAGCAGCUGAAAGAGCCUGUCCCUCCUGGGGACUUGAAAGAUAAUCUGAAGCACCUGCAGAAACACAAGGCCUUUGAGGCUGAGGUCCAGGCCCAUGAAGAGUUCAUAACCUCUGUUGCCAAGAAGGGAGAGGUUCUCCUGGCCCAGGGCCACCCUCAGGCGGGCGAGGUCUCGCAGAGGCUGCAGGCACUGCAGGGGCACUGGGAGAAGCUGAGGCAGGCUGUGGCGUUCCGUGGCCAGGACCUGAGGGACAAGCGGGACCUCCUGGAAUUCCUGCAGAGAGUGGACCUCACAGAGGCCUGGAUCCAGGAGAAGGAGGGGAUGCUGAACUUCGGCGACCUGGGCCAGGAUCUUGAGCACUGCCUGCAGCUCACCAGGCAGCUCUGCAGGGUGCGAGGAGCCUUGGCUGGGGAUGACGUCCGCAUCAGGAGUGUCAGUGACCUGUCGCUGCAGCUCAAGAUCCGGGACCCCGACCAGGUCAAGACCGUCUGCCAGCGGCGAAACCAGCUCAACAGCAGGUGGCAUGGUUUCCGUAGCAACCUGCUCUGGUACCAGCGGCGGCUUGAAGGGGCCCUGGAGAUACACACGUUGUCCUGUGAGCUGGAUGAUGUCACCGGGAGGAUCGUGGAGAAAAGCGCCUUGGUCCAGGCCCUGGACUGCGGGAAAGAUCUAGAGAGCGUGGAGAAGCUGCUGCGCAAACAUGAGAAGCUGGAGCAGGAAAUGGGCCUCAUCCAAGCCCAAGUGGAGCCCCUGGAGGGUAAGGUGGUCCGCCUCUGCCAGAGGAGCCCCGGGGCAGCUCACAGCCUUGGCCGCAAGCAUCAGGAGAUGACAGACAGCUGGCAGCAGCUCCAGAGCAGGGCCCAGAAGAGGAAGGAGUUGCUGGACGCCUCGCACCAAGCUCAGACGCUCCAGGCACUGCUGCAGGAAUUGCUGGCCUGGGCCCAGGGGCUGCGGGCUGAGAUGGACAUGGGAAGCCCUCCCGGCAGCGCUGCAGAGGCCCGGCGUAGGUUAGAGGAGCACCAGGAGCGAAAGGCUGAGCUGGACUCCCGAACAGACAGCAUCUGCCUGGCCCGAAGCAUUGGGCAGCGGCUGCUCCCAGCCGGGCACCCGAGUACCCCUGACAUUCGCCAGGCCCUGGCUGGUUUAGAACAGGAGCUGAGCAGCCUGGACGGGGCCUGGCGGGAGCACCAGCUGCAGCUACAGCAGGCCCUGGAGCUGCAGCUGUUUCUGAACUCUGUGGAGAAAAUCGAAAGUUGGCUCUGCAAGAAGGAAGCUUCCCUAGCGAGUGAGGAUCUGGCGGACCCCUUGGCCAAUGUGGAGACCCUCCUGUGGAAGCACACGGUGCUCGAGCGGGGCCUGGAGGCUCAGGGGGGAAAGAUCAGCUCACUGGAGGCUGCAGCCCACAGCCUGCGCCAGGGUGGACACCCCGAGGCCCAGAGCGCCCUGGGCAGGUGCCAGGCCGUGCUCCUGAGGAAAGAGGCGCUCCUGCAGCGAGCUGAGACCCGCCACCACCAGCUGGAAGAACUGCAGCAGCUGCAGGCAUUUCUGCAGGAUUCCUAUGAGGUGGCUGUGUGGCUGAGGGAGAAGAACCAGGUGGCUCUGGAAGAGGGUUGGCGAGACCUGGCCACGUUGCAGACACAGUUGUGGAAGCAGCAGACCCUCCAGGCCGAGCUGGACUCGAUCGUGCACCAAGAACAGAGGCUGCAGAGGGAAGGGCAGAGGCUGCUGCAGGGGGGCCACCUGGCCUCGGAGACCAUCCAGGCACGGCUGCAGGAGCUGGGCGACCUCUGGGACAAGCUGCAGGCCAACUGCAGGAGGAAGGCAGCCAAGCUCCAGGAAGCCUGCAAGGCCCAGCAUCUACAGCAGAGCAUGGAGGAGCUGGAGAGCUGGCUGGAGCCCGUGGAGGCCGAGCUGCAAGUCCCUGUUGGAGGGCAGGGCCUUCCUGGGGUGGGCGAGCUCCUGGAAGCACAGAGAGACCUAGAGGCAGCAGUGGACGGGCAGGCCCGACAGGCUCAGACCCUGCUGGAGCAGGCCCAGGCCUUCAUCCAGGAAGGCCCCUGCCUCGACAUGGAGGAGCAGGCCCGACAGCUGUUUCAGAGGUUCGAGAGUCUGAGGGAGCCCCUGCAGGAACGCAGGGCGACCCUGGAGGCCAGGAGCCUCCUCUACCAGUUCUUCAGGGACGCCGAUGAGGAGAUGGCCUGGGUCGAGGAGAAGCUGCCCCUGGCCGCGGCCCAGGACUGUGGCCAGAGCUUGAGUGCCGUGCGGCGCCUGCAGGAGAAGCACCAGAACUUGGAGCGUGAGAUGUACAGCCAUGAGGCCCUGGCCCGUGUGGUGGUGGGCACAGGGCAGAGGCUGGUGCAGGCUGGGCACUUUGCCGCCCGCGAGGUGGCUGCCCAGGUGCGGCGGCUGGAGAGCGCUAUGGGCUGCCUGCAGGCAGAGGCAGAACGGAGGAGGCUGCUGCUACGGCAGGCUGAGGAGGCCCAGCAGUUCCUGACAGAGCUCCUGGAGGCAGAAUCCUGGCUGGCGGAGCGGGGCUGUGUCCUGGACAGCAAGGACAUGGGCCAGGAUGCCGAGGCCACACAGUUGCUCCUGCGACGGCUGGAGGCCACCAGGAGAGACCUGGAGGGGUUCAGCACACACUUGGAGAGGCUGCAGGAGACGGCCGUGCUCCUGGAGAGCAGACAGAACCCAGACAGCCCCAAGGUGCUGUCACAGCUGCGGGUGGUGAGGGAGGCCCAUGUGGAGCUGCUGCGGAGAGCGGAGGGCCAGGGGCAGUGCUUGCAGGAGCAGCUGCAGUUGCAUCAGCUGGAACAAGAGGCCCUGCUUCUUGAUGCCUGGCUGGCCAGCAAGGUGGCCACCGCUGAGUCCCAGGACUACGGGCAGGACCUGGAGGAGGUCAAGGUGCUGGAAGAGAAGUUUGCUGCUUUUAGCAAGGAAGUUCAGAGCCUGGGGCAGGCCAAGGUGCAGGCCCUGAGGGAGCUGGGGGACUCCCUGGAACAGGGCGCAUCCGGGUGCUAUCCCCAGAUUCAAGCCCACAAGAACUGCAUCGAGGCCGCUUGGGAGAGGCUGGACAAGGCAAUAAAAGCCCGCGCAGAGAACCUGGCUGCAGCCCGCGAGCUCCACGGCUUCCACAAGGCAGCGGGCGAGCUCCGGGGCUGGUUGCAGGAGAAGGCCGCCAUGUUGGAGGGAGCCAGCUGUGGCCACGACCUGGCGUCUGUGCAGGCCCUGCAGCACCAGCACAGGCACCUGGAGGGGGCGCUGGCGGCUGUGGAGAAGGAGGCGGCACGGGUGGGGAUGGAGGCCGGCCAACUGCACCAGCUACACCCUGCGGCCCAGGAGGGCCUGGCUGAGCGGCUGGCCGAGGUGCAGGAGGCCUGGGCCACCCUGGAUGCGAAGGCCCGGGAGCGGGGCCAGCAACUGGAGCAGGCUGCCCAGGGCCACGCCUUCCUUGGGCACUGCCAGGAGCUGCUCAUGUGGGCUCAAGAGAAGCAGGCGCUGGUGUCCAUGCAGGAGCUGGCGGGGGCCGAGCAGCUCCUCGGGCAGCAGGAGGAGCUGGGGCAGGAAAUCACGGAGCUCUGCCUUCGAGCCCAGGACGUGUGGCAGGAAGGGCAGCAGCUGCUGGACAACAGCCACUUCAUGUCCCCAGAGGUCACAGAGUGUCUGCAGGAGCUGGACAGGCAGCUGCAGGAGCUCCGGGAGGCCUGGGCCCUGCACCGGGAGCGCUGCCAGGAGAGCCAGGGCCUUCAAGAGCUGCAGCAGACGCUGGAGCAGGCCGAGGCCUGGCUGGCCUCCCGGGAGGGCCUCCUGCUGGACCCCGACUGCGGGCACUCAGUGUGGGAGGCAGAGUUACUACUCCGCAGGCACCAGGACUUGGAAAAGCGGCUGGCAGCCCAGGAAGAGAGGUUUGACCAACUGCAGCGCAAAGAGAAUGUAGCUUCUACAGCCACCUUUGACCUCGAGGGAGCCCAGUGUGGGAGGCCGAUGGAUCACCACGAUGGGAAACACACUUUCUCUGUGAGGCUGGGCGACGGAGCAGAGCACCUCCUUUCGGCACGGUCAGAAGGCCAGGCUGAGAUCUGGCUGCGAGCCCCGGGCAUCAUGGAAGGUGGCUCUGAAGGCCACCACGGCGGCCACGCUGGGCUCUGCGUCAGGAGGACGGCGUGA